UUUGCCGGCUGCUUCCUGCAGCUGUACUUCUUUAUCGCCUUGGCCACAACCGAAUGCAUCCUCUUUGGCUUAAUGGCCUAUGACCGGUACGUGGCCAUAUGCAACCCCCUCCUUUACUCCUUGGUCAUGUCCAGGACAGUCUGCCUCAAAAUGGCAGCAGGGGCUUUUACAGCAGGAUUCCUGAACUCCAUGGUGAACACCAGUUAUGUAGGCAGCCUGCCAUUCUGUGGCUCCAAUGUCAUUCAUCACUUCUUCUGUGACAGCCCUCCACUUUUCAGACUUUCCUGUUCUGACACGCACCUGAAUGAAAGCAUCUUUUCCACUUUUGCUGGUGUGAAUAUGGUCGGGGCUCUGCUUAUCAUCCUCACCUCUUACUCCUACAUUCUCUUCUCGAUCUUCCAUAUGCAUUCAGGGGAGGGAAAGCGCAAGGCAAUUUCCACCUGUGCCUCUCACUUGAUGGCUAUAACUCUGUUCUAUUCCACUGCCAUCUAUACCUAUCUGAGACCCAGUUCCAGCUACUUUCUGGGUCAGGACAAAGUGGCGUCCGUGUUCUACACAGUAGUGAUCCCCAUGUUGAACCCUCUAAUCUACAGUCUCAGGAAUGAGGAAGUAAAGAAAGCUUUCUGGAAUUUAACUGCCAGGAGAAGGAUUCCUUCAUUUGUCUGA